AUGGAUCUCGAUCUCUCGCCGCAAAAAACUAAUGAGCCAGCGGCCGGAGGAGGAGGCGGCGCUCCUGAUUUUGAGGCAGCGGCGGAGGAGGCUGAAUCUAAGAAGAAAGGUGAAGAAGAGAAAGCGGAAUCGGAGGAUGAUGAGUCUCGUUGA